AUGCCUCCUCCCAUGGCACGUCCACGAUCUGUGCUCACGAAGUCCGAUUCCUCCCAACGAUCCGGCCCCACUCCAACUUCAGGUGAUCCCGGGGCGGAUGCCGGCCCAUCUAGGACUGGAGCUUCUCAAGCCAGGAAUGCCGGCGGGGACGCAGAAACGAACAUCAAGGUGGUCAUUCGGUGUAGGCGGCGCUCCGAGCGCGAGGUCCAAGAGAACUCUCCGAUUAUCGUGACCACCAAUGGUGCGCGGAGCGAAGACAUCACCAUCGAAACAUCCGCUCCCACCACUAACUUCGGGAUUGUUACCCUCCCGACGACAAGAACGUAUCCUUUUGAUGCUGUGUUUGGACCCGAGGCGGAUCAGGUUACUGUUUUCAACCAUGUGGUUAUGCCGAUGUUGGGUGAAGUGCUGGAUGGGUAUAACUGCACGCUAUUCGCGUAUGGUCAGACGGGGACAGGCAAAACCCACACGAUGCAAGGCAACCUGACAACCACCCCGAUGGGUAAUCCUUCGGCUCAAGCUGGAAUGAUUCCCCGCGUCCUGUUCAAGUUGUUCCAACAACUUGAGAAUUCAGCAUCCGACUUCAGCGUCAAGAUCUCUUUCGUAGAGCUCUACAAUGAGGAGCUCCGUGACCUCCUGGCGCCGGAGCUUCAGGCUCCUUCAGGCAACAAUCAACCUAUGGGGAUGGGCGUUCACAGGGACACCCCCGCUCUCAAGCUCUUCGACGACUCCAACAAGAGGGGUGUUAUCAUCCAGGGUCUAGAAGAUACCCCGGUCCGCAAUGUUACAGAUGCCCUUGCGUUGCUCACCAAGGGCAGCGACCGCAGACAGAUCGCUGCUACCAAGUUCAAUGAUCACUCCAGUCGAUCACAUUCCGUUUUCUCCAUCACCAUUCACACGUCCAUGGCCUCCAGUUCUGGUGACGGCCUCUUGCGCGUCGGCAAGCUCAACCUGGUGGAUCUCGCUGGGUCUGAGAACGUCGGGCGGUCUGGUGCAGAGAACAAACGCGCUCGGGAAGCCGGCAUGAUCAACCAGAGCCUUCUGACUUUGGGUCGUGUUAUAAACGCAUUAGUAGACGGUUCCUCCCACGUACCCUUCCGAGAAUCAAAGCUCACGCGGUUGUUACAAGAGUCCCUUGGUGGUCGCACAAAGACCUGUAUCAUCGCUACCGUUUCUCCCGCACGAUCGAAUAUGGAAGAAACCUUGUCGACCCUCGACUAUGCGAUUCGCGCCAAGUCAAUCAAGAAUCGUCCCGAGGUCAACCAACAAAUGAACCGCAAUGCGCUCAUUAAAGACUACGUCGCAGAAAUCACCCGCCUCCAUGCCGACUUGCGCGCUGUCCGAGAGAAGAGCGGAAUCAUUAUCUCCGAGGAGUCUUGGGCGAAGAUGACGGCUGAACAGGAACUCAAAGAGACGGAGUGUCUCGAGGCGGUGCGUCAAGUAGAAAUUCUCGAGGGCCAGAUGAAGGCGAAGCGCGAAGAGUUCGAAGAAGCAAUGGCCCUUCUUGCUCGCACCGAUGAAGAGCUGCGCUUGACUCGUGUACGGCUCGAGGACACCUCUGCAGAGCUCACUGUGACGAAGCAGCAGCUGAUCGCUGUCGAAGGUGCGCUCGAAGAAGAGAUCGUCGUCCGUCAGGCCCAUCAGAGGAGCGAACAAGCCUUGCACGGUGUCGUCGCAGAGUGGAAGGAAGUUGCCCGCGAGUACGAGGGCGACGUAGGUGGUUUGUUCGGCAAGUUAGAGCGGAAGUCGACCGCGCUCGGAUCCAAUAUGAAGGCUGUAGCCUUACACUCCAAGACGCUAUCGUCAGAAACUCAAACGAUGUCCUCCAAAGUCGACAUCUUCAUGAAGUCCGCCACCCAGCAUCUGUCCAAGAUCAAGGACGAAACGGAGGGAUUCCAGGCCAAGGAGCUGGAGGCUCUCUCAGCAAUCUCUAGCCGCUUGAAGGAGCAGCUCGAGAAGGUACAGGAGGGUCUCCAACUCAUCCACGCCAAGGAAGAAGACUCGAAGAAUACCAUCGAAACUAUUCGCACCACCAUCACUGAGGCACAAGAGAGCAUGCAAGUUGGCUUCACCGCCUAUGCGGGACAGCUUCGAAAGCAUUGCGAGACGGUCUGCAAGGAAGCCGAAGCGUCCAGUCUUGCCGGCUGUACCACGGUCGAAAAGGCUUUCCAGGAACUUGGGGCUCUCACAGAAGCCAUCAAGCAAGAAGCAUUGGAGUUCAUCGCAACAGAGCGCAAGACUCUACAAGAUGCGAGGGCACUGGCAGACAACACGACGAACACCGAAGUGGUCCGGCUUAAGCAGCAAAACGCCCUCCUGACUCGGUUACUGGAGACCGAGCGUGCCGAAGCGAAACGAGCGGCCGACGCUCUACUCGACAAGAUCGGUGGUUUGCUGGAAGACUUUACGACGGAGCGCGACCGCAGCUUGCGAGUGACAUUCUCCGAAAUGACCGACAGUAACACCGCUGCGGAACAAAAGAUGCUCCAGCUCGGUCAGAAACAGGGCGAGCAGCUUGAUGCUGCUGUUGCUCGAGGAAGUGCCUGGAGUAAACAUCUCACCAAGCGCGGAGUCGAGGGCAAACGUUUAAGGGACGAUGGCGUCGAGACCGUGAACGCGACAAGGCAAACUAUCCAUGACGGACUUGUUGAUAUCCAAUCUUCCAUCUCAUCUUCGACAACUGGUUUCAGCGAGCAGCUCAAGCGCAUCGCAGACACUGCCAAUGGCACUUUGUCACAAGCUUUCGAACGAGAGCAUCGUGUCAAGCGUGCUCGCAUGGAAGCCACCGACGGUCUCGUCACCGAGGCGCAGUCCGGGUAUCGCUAUAUGCAAAGGGGCAUUGCUUCCGCCUCUCGGAGCAUUGAAGGCUCCACCAGCCGCAUUUUGUCCGAGACGGCUGGCAUGUCCUCUGCAGCUGACGCGCUCAACUUUGCUACUACCACCUCACUCGGCGGUUUGCGUCGCACCAUGCAGACCCUGGUUGACGAAGGGGCUAAAGAAGACAAGCCCACCGGUUACACGCCUCGCAAACGAAGUCGCAAAAUCAUCGGCGACCAACCACCCACCGAACACCGGGACGUUCUCGUCCGUCGCUUCAGGUCCAAUGGCAUUUCUAUGGUUGGGGGCGAGACAUUCCUUGCCGAGCACGUGCCCCUUCCCGAAGGAGAUGAGGUCUCCUCUCCCGCAGAGACCGAGAUGGUCGUGGACUCUCCUUUGGAAACUCUCCCUUCAGACGAGGAGAACCGUCCUGAAUUCACGCCAGAAAAUUCGCCACCACCAGCAGUCAAGUCUCUGGCCUCUUCCGCCUCUUCCUCUACCUCUAUCCCACCCCUACCCGUAAUCAAACAGCCGGCGAAGCCCCCCGUGCCCGCUAUGGGUACUCUUACCGAACGUUCCACCAAUGUAGGAUUGCGCACACGUACACAGCGUACCCGUCGGACCGUACGGUAA